UCCUUUUCCUCCAUCUUUCUUUUGUUUUUUUCGUGUCCCUUCUGCAACGUUCCUGAAAUUCGCGGUGCGGGAUGGAAGGGGAAUCGUCGUCGGGCGGGUUCAAGCUGCACGAGCAGCUCGAGCUGCGGGAGUUCCGCGACAGGUUCGUGAUCGAGUCCAGGGAGUCCCCCGGCGAUGGCUUCUUCAUCGAUCGCCGCGACGGCAGCAUCGACUUGCUCGCCGACGGAGAUGAUUGCUCUGCUGGUCCUUCGAAGACUUCGACGAUCUUCGGCGUGGUGGGGACGAUCAGAUUGCUUGCAGGGACAUACAUGCUUGUCAUCACUUCCCGAAAGGAAGUUGGAAGAUUUCAUGGUUUCCCAGUUUAUAGGGUGAUGUCAAUGAGAUUUCUUCACUGCAACGAGGGUUUGAAGCUUUCGACUUUUCAAGAAAAAAAAGAUGAGGCUUAUUUCAUGACAUUGCUGAAAUUAGUAGAAUCGACGCCAGGGUUAUACUAUUCAUAUGGAACGGAUAUCACAUUGAACUUACAAAGAAGAUUUAAGUUAGCAGAUGGUUGGAUGAAGAAACCAAUUUGGAAACAGGCUGACCCCAAAUAUGUAUGGAACAAGAAUCUUUUGGAGGAACUUAUUGAGCACAAGCUUGAUAGGUUCAUUCUUCCUCUUCUUCAAGGAAGCUUUCAAGUUGCACAGUUGACGCUCAAAAGUUCACCUGCCACGAUAUCGUUAAUUUCAAGAAGGUGUACCAGGCGUUUAGGAACAAGAAUGUGGAGAAGAGGUGCUAAUCUAGAAGGAGAUGUUGCUAAUUUUAUUGAAACUGAGCAAAUUUUAGAUAUUGAGGGUUUCAGGUCUUCCUUAUUGCAGGUUCGAGGAUCAAUUCCACUUCUUUGGGAGCAGAUUGUGGAUUUGAGCUAUAAACCACAGCUUAGACUCAUAGAUCACGAGCAAACGUCAAAAGUUGUCGAGCGCCAUUUUAACGAUCUUUUCCAAAGAUAUGGAGAGACGAUUGCAGUUGACUUGACUGAUCAGCAUGGUGACGAAGGUCAACUGAGUGCAGCUUAUGCUGCUGAAAUGCAGAAGCUGCCAAACGCGAGAUACUUAUCUUUUGAGUUUCAUCAGGCCUGUGGCAGCUGCAACUUUGAGAACCUGGAACUUCUGUAUGAACAAAUCUCUGAGGACUUUGAAAAGCAAGGAUAUUUCCUCAUUGAUGCGGAAGGAAAUAUACUAGAGGAGCAGAAAGGAAUUGUCAGAUCCAACUGUAUUGAUUGCCUUGAUCGAACUAACGUAACCCAGAGUUUUUUGGCCCAGAAGUCUCUGAAUCACCAGCUGCGGCAGAUUGGAGUGCUCACUUCGGGCGAGUGCAUUUCCAUGUUCAACGAAGACUACCGGAAAUUUAGAACAUUGUGGGCUGAGCAAGGUGACGACAUAAGUCUCGAGUACGCUGGGACUCAUGCGCUAAAAGGGGAUUUGGUUAGAUAUGGAAGACAGACUCUAGCUGGAACAAUCAAGGAUGGGAUGAGUGCUCUGUCGAGAUACUACUUGAACAAUUUCCAUGAUGGCAUCCGGCAGGAUGCAAUAGAUCUUGUAAGUGGGCACUAUACAGUUAACAGGAACGGUCUUUCUCCUUUCCAGCUUAAUGGAUUCGACUCAUUAUCGUAUCUGCCCAUAGCUUCAGCUUUGCUCGUCGGGGGUUUGACAGUGACAACCUUGACACUGAGCCAAGCCGGACGGAACGCGCAGCAGUUCGUGACUUCUGUUCUCUGCGCCGGAGUGGCUGCUGGAGUAAUGGCAAUGGUAAAAGCAAACGGGAGACAAUUCUGUUCUAGACCUCGCUUGUGCGGGCUAUUGUAAGUUCUACACUGACUUACACGAAUUAAAAGAAUUGUACAGCGCCGUAACUUAGGAUUUGCUCGAUCAUUAUCAUCAUACUUGCAUCUCAAUAAAUAUUGACAAUCACACCAUUCCAUAGAUUAAAGUCUUAGAACGAUUAUUUUA